CUCGUCGUCGCUCACCUCGGGCUCUUGCUCUUACCUCCUAAAUCUUGCGCCUAGACGUGAAAGGAACACGUAACUGCGCGCGAAAUGACUUUCUCGACAUCUCGGACCACACACGCUGAAGCUAUCCUUGGGCGAGAACUGCACGCGAAACUUGCAGAUACCAAGGUGCUCUUAGUUGGUGCCGGUGGUAUUGGAUGCGAAUUGUUAAAGAAUCUCGUGCUUACUGGUUUCGGGCACAUAACCGUGCUAGACCUAGACACCAUCGACCUUUCGAAUCUCAACCGGCAAUUCCUAUUCAGGAAGAAAGAUGUGAAACAGAGUAAAGCCCUGGUCGCGGCACAAACUGCGGGUCCUUUCAACCCGAACAUACACUUGACGCCAAUACAUGGCAACAUCAAAGAGCCGCAAUACGACCUAUCGUGGUUCAAGUCGUUUGACCUUGUCCUGAACGCCCUCGAUAACCUUGAUGCGCGCAGACACGUCAACAAGAUGUGCAUGGCGGCCGAAGUUCCCUUGGUCGAAUCUGGAACAGCGGGAUAUCUUGGUCAAGUCCAACCGUUGCUCAAGGACCGUACGGAGUGCUUCGACUGCAUACCGAAACCGACGCCCAAGACAUUCCCGGUGUGCACUAUUCGUUCCACGCCGUCACAACCGAUACACUGCAUUGUUUGGGCGAAGAGCUACCUGAUGUCUUUUCAGUCGAACACCGUGGUAGCGGGCGUCUGUCUCACCCAGGCAUCAUCAUCUCCUGUCGCUAAUGGUGUCUUCCAACUCUUUGGCGAAGACGAAGAUGCCGGCGGACAAAGCGACCUUGAUGAAGCGGAGAAGCAGGGAGAGAACGCCCAAGAGAUAGCGAAGCUGCGUCAAGAGCAACAAGCCUUCAAGGCCGUACGCACUGCGCUCCGAACACCGUCCACCACAGACCCCAACGCCGACCCAGCAAAGAUGGCUUUCCAAAAAGUUUUCAAUGCGGACAUCCGAAAUCUACUGUCCAUGGCUGACAUGUGGCGCCAUCGCGCACCGCCGACUCCGCUCGAUUACGACAGCAUUCAUGAUGGCACGUUCGUCCUGCGAUCGGUGAAGAGCGAUCAGGCCGCACCGAAUGGAAACGGCGCACGCGCGAACGGGAAGAAUGGGAAAGCGUCGAAGGGCAGCUCAGCAGUGGAGGAGAUGCUGGACGACAAAUCCGGGAUUCGCGAACAAGGCCCGAGCUCCGACGCUGCCCGCCUGAAAGACCAGAAGACGCUCUCUCUAAAGGAGAAUUUAAACCUUUUCGUUGCAAGCACGCAUCGCCUUGCGGAGCGUUUACGUGACGGUGAAGAGACCAUUUCCUUCGACAAGGAUGAUGACGAUACGCUCGACUUCGUCACCGCUGCCGCAAACCUUCGGUCCGCUGCGUACGGUAUCGCAGGCAAGACUCGGUGGGAGGUCAAAGAGAUGGCAGGCAACAUAAUUCCUGCUAUCGCCACGACAAACGCGAUCAUUUCUGGUCUUAUCGUCCUCCAGGCCCUUCAUCUUCUACGCAAGUCUUACGACAAGCUCAAGAACGUCUUCAUCCAAUUCAAACCUCAAUUACCUCUCAGCACUGUUGGUGUCUCCCACCCUAACCCGUCGUGUGGCGUAUGCCGAGAUGUGUAUGCCGAGCUACGCUGCGAUCCCGCGAGAGUAACGCUUGGUGAGGUUGUCAACAGCCUUCUCGGCGACGGCGACGGUGAAGGGCGGGGGACUGGUCCGCGUGAUGUGAGCGUUUACGAAGACAAGCGCAUCCUCAGCGACCCCGACUUCGAUGACAACAACGACCGGACAUUGGAAAGCCUCGGGGUAACCAGGGGUAAAUUCUUAACGAUUGUGGAUGAGGACGACGAACUGGCCACGAUCGCCGUAGCCAUAUCUCCGUUACCAGAACCACAUCCUGCGGAUGGGCCGGCGAUGAUUCUACCCUCGCCGUUACCCUCGCCUCCAGCGAAACCCAAGCCCGCCGCACCAAUGCCGUCCACACCUCCGCCAUCGACCGCCGUCAAACGCCCUGCACCGGAUGACAACGAGGAACCCUUACCCAAGAGGGCACGGACCAACGGUGCCAUUCCGGACUCCGUCUUUGCGAGCCCGAGCAAAAAGCGAAAACUCGACGAGGACGGGUUAGUCAUGCUAGACACCGCGAACGAGGAGCUUAGGGACGACGUGAUUGAGAUCGACUGAAGGUUUUGCGUCGGAAGGGUCAACGCCGCUAUGUCGCUUGAUAUUUAUACGUAACGACGUAUGUAUUAAUGUAGAACUCCUCGCGAUUGUAAUCAUGCAUUCA